AUGGACCCUGGGCAAGAGCUCUCGGCUGCAACGGAGGCGAGCAGGAGACAGAAACCACCCAACACAACCCUGAAGCGUGCGGUGGUCUCGCUGCUGCCCGCCCCGUGCAGCCGGUUCCUCUGGAGCCGGCCAGACCAGCAUCGUGUCAGCAAGUUCUUCCUGGGUGCUGGUGUGGGGACGCUCUUUGGCCUCGGGCUCUGCCAGCUCCUCAUCGUUCCCAUGAACAUGACAGACACACGCAAGCUGCAGCUCUCCUGUGGACUGACAGGGGUGACUGCCUUGGGUUGGGCCACGUCCCCUCACUUUCGCUGCGCCAGCCUGCUUAUGGCCCCCAAAUUCCUGGGCAAGGAGGGUCGAGUCUACAUCCUCUCCUUUGUCCUCGCUGCCAUCUACAACGGGCCUGUGACCAACAUCUGGCACAACCUGGAGGAGGUGACUCGCUCCCUGGGCUGCAUCGCAGAGCUGCAGGUCAACCACAGCCGCCAGCUCUGGAUGGUGUCGAUGGCUCCAGUGCUCAGGGUGAUGGAGGACAUGGAGCGGAGUGGGAAGACUCUGAACAUGGAGAUGCAGAACAUCUCACGAGCCUUCAUCAGGCUGAACGAGGAGGUGGCCAGCGAGGCAGGGUAUGACCUGAAGCAGAACCUGCAUACAGACCCCCGGAGGGCCCACAGCACCCAGGAUAGGUUUGAGACCAAGACCAAGCUGCGCUGUACUUAUCUGAUCGAGCUGGGCAUGCAGCGCUGCCGGGACUGGUUCAGCGAGAAGCACGAUGCCUGCAUGGCAAAAGUGUUUGUGCCAGUUAUCAGCCACAUCCUCUGCCUGCCCAUGAAGUUCACUGCUCUCUGCCACAUUGUCAAGGUCAUGCACAUCUGGUGCUGGGACAAGAUUCCUGUGGAGGGCAACUUCGGGCAGAUGUACGACAUGGUGAACAAGUCUGUCACCAGCAUCAGCCAGGAAUUCAGUGCUAGAGUCGUCUACCAGGAGAAGCACUACGACAUGCUGAUGGGCAUCAACGUGUCGGUGGCACAGCUGAUGCAGGAUGUGACCUCACAGCUAGAGCAUCAUGGCACCCGCAUCAGCCAGGCCUACUCCAUCUUACGCUUGCUGCUCUCCUUCACCUUCCUCCUCGUCUUCAUCUCGGCUUUCUACUACACCAAGCAGUACUGCCAGGACAUCUGCUUUGACAACCUCUACAUCACCACCUACUUCCGCCAAAUCGAUGCCCGCCGCAGAAAGCAGCACAAGCGGACGUUGCUGCCCCUGCACCGCUCAGAGGUCUCAGCUGUCAUCUUCCCAUGCCGCCUGGCCAUGCAGCCACCCGAGCUGCGUAACGUGGUGCUGGAGCUGCUGGAGUGCAUCCCACCCCUGCUGCUCCUCCUGCUUGCCUGCGGCAUGGACCAUACUCUCUUCACCAUGCUCAACGUCAUCCAGAAGCACUCCUUUGUGCAGUACUCUUUCCACAGUAGCCACCACUUGGCUGUGCAUGUGAGAGGCACAUCCCUGAUGGCUCGGCUUCUGCGGAGCACCAUCGGGGCCUUCAACACCUCCUCCAGCACCCAGAUGGAGACAUCCAACCUCGCCUGCCUGCCGCAGCCCCAGGGCAUGACGAGGCAGCAGUACGUGAGCAGCUGCCUGCCCAUGGCCAUACUGGUGCUGCUCUGCCUGGCCCAGGUCUACACCUACCGCCUGCGCCGUGCCAUCGCCGCCUUCUACUUCCCCAAGCGGGAGAAGAGCCGCGUCCUCUACUUCUACAACAAGCUGCUGCGGCAGCGCCAGAACUUCGUCCACCGGCAGCAGAAGCGCCUCGCCCGGCGGGCACGGCAGCCCCCAGCACUGGGGACAUCGCCGCUGGAGUGGUGCUGCCAGCGCUGGCCUCGCCUGCGCCGCUGGAUACGACGGAGGUGCAGAGUGUGCGAGGCGCCGGAGACCCCCCGGGACCGGGUGUGCCCCGUGCCCACCUGCCAAGCCCUGUUCUGUGGGCCAUGCUGGAAGGAGGCAGGUGGCAUCUGCCUCGUUUGCACCCCCGGGCACCGCAGCCUCUCCCAGGACAGCAGCGAGGAGGAGGACAACACUUACGCGACCUGA